AUGGGCGACAGGCCCAUGGUAGUGGAGGCCGGAACAUCAUCUAGGCCGGAAGAGUUGGAAAUGGACUCGGAGUCAAGCCUGAGUGUCUCCUCUGUCCGGAGCAGAAGGCUCUGGAGGAGACACUCCCAGUCCAUAGAUAACUGCUCGCUUCGAUCGAGUGACACCGACGAGCCGCCACCCAAGGCGCCAACAACUGACGGUCGAGGGAGAGGGCGUUCCACUCCCACUCCCACGACUGGAAAAUACGUCGGGAUAAAGAAGGCCCAACAAGAACGGGACAGGCUGAAGAGAGAAGAGGCGCGAAAGAGGGCCGAAGAGGAGCUGGAAGAGCGGCUGCGUUACCAGCCAGAGUCGGCCGCCAUUACCCGUCUGGAAGAGGAGAGAAAGAAGUGGCGCGAAAACAGCGCGCGCCUGGAGGAGAGCGUAAAGCGGCUAGAAGAGGAAAACUCCUCCCUCCGCCGUCGGCUCGAGGACCUGGAAGCGUCAAACAACUCCAGGACCACCACGGAGGAAAUGCUGGCCAUGGUAGAAGCAAGGGUCCAGGCCAGACUGGAGUCGGCCCUGAUGGGGCCAGCCCAGAGGCCCAGCCUGGCCCACGAAAGAAAGGCCGCCUCGGGGGACACACAGCUCCCAGUGUCAGGAGGCAUAGUAGGUGGUGCCCCCGCGCCGAAGUCGAAGAGGGAGAAGGGAAAGGGAACGGGGAAGAGGACAGCCCAACCCGCUCCCCCUCACCCCGCCGCAGUAGCAGAAGGAACCAGCGCGCCACCGCAGCCAAUUGCGGGACCCUCAACGGCGCCAGACACCACACCGGCACCCCGCGCCGCUCGCCAGAGGAAGGGUCAAACCAAGAAGACGGCACCGGCGCCAAAGGAAGGAGGGAAAAAGAAGGGCCCGGUUCAAGCCAGUCCGGAGCCCCGCCCAUUGCCACCGGCCCCCACCUCCAUGGAGACACCGUGGGUCGUUGUGGCAAGCAGAAAGAGCAAGAAGACGAAGCCUGCAGUGCCGCCGAAAAAAGUGCAGGCACAACAACAGGCACGCCGGACCGAACCCAAAGUGCGACCGCCACGCUCCGCGGCAGUUAUCAUUUCGCUUACGCCAGCGGCGGUGGCAAAGGGGCUUUCGUACAAGCAGGUGCUAACGGACGCCCAGACAAGGGUAGACCUCACCGGCCUUGACAUAUCGAGGCUGAAGCCGAACGUUUGCGGCCACGGGCGCCCCUAU